GGUACGUGGUGCUGUCGUCACUCACACUCGACUCGCUGGAUAAUUCCACAUUCACAUUCACGAUUCACGAUUCUGAUUCUAAAUUGUCGACGAUCUCAUGAUUCUGGGAAUCACACCAAGCUUCAGCUCUACUGCGACCCUUCGACUGCAACGUCGACUCUUCAUUUCAUUCGCCACGAUUGUGCUCGUCUGCUCAGUCAGAUUCUACCGAUCGGGUCUUUCUACGGAAGCGCGCCGCAUACACCGACCAACCUCUCUCGCUCGCGAGUUCCGUCAAACCAUAUAGGCACGUUCACUGGUUCGUGAAGUGAUUGGGCGAGCAAAGACGAACAGAGGCGAAGCAUUCAUGUCCGCCUCGGCAGCAUCUCACGCUGCGGCCGAGCAGACGCAGCCUUUGCUCGCACCCGGCGGAGAAGAGGAAGGUCUUCAACAUCAACGACAUUACGCGCGAGGCGGAGAACAUUUGUCAGGAGAGACGGAGGCAGAGGAGGAGGAGAGAAGAGUGUUGAGAGAGACGGAUAGAGACUCUACACCUUGGCGAGUGUUUAGGAGCAACAAUAUGUCGGGAUCUGCUUGGGUUGUUCAGAUAUUUGCGGUGGCCUUUGUGGCGCUCGUCUGGUCUUUGGUGUUCAGCAAAAUGCCCUGGAAUAAUUUACCGCUGUUUGGCUAUCAUCCGUUGUUGCAGUCGCUGGGUCUCGUCUUCAUCAGUCAAUCCAUCCUCGUCCUUCAGCCAACGACGACGAGCAGACCCAAAUCCAAAGCUUCGGCCCUUCUGCUGCACCAGCUCAUCCAUCUUGGAAUCGUGCUGCCGCUCUUUACAGCUGGCGCCAUCAUCAUGUGGUACCUUCAUUCCAAACCCGGCACACAGCAUUUCAUCAGCUGGCAUGGCACCCUCGGUUUUGCCGCUGUCAUUAUCGCUUGGGUGCAGGCUGCUGUUGGUGCGGCUACUGUAUGGGGAAAUGGCACGCUUCUUGGAGGACCAAAUAAAGCCAAAGGGCUGUGGAAGUGGCACAGAUUGUCUGGAUACAUCCUCCUCCCGCUGUUCCUCCUCACCUUCCUGCUCGCCAUCCUCGAGACGACUUGGAUGCAAGGUGCCACGAGCGGCAAGGAGAGAGCCGUCAUCGUCUUAGCCCUCGUUGGCACGUUUCUGGGCGGCGCAGCGAGGGUGCAGACUAGCAAGCUUCCCAAGAAGACCGACUUUGUGCCGGCUGGACGUAGGAAGCUCUCUGACGACAGUUUCGAGGGGUAAUCAUUCAUUGUGAAGAAGCGCUGUGUGUUUUGUUCUUGCUUUACAACUUCGACCGGCUGUCAGCUGUCGAUGCGGGAGUCCUUCCGCAAGA